AUGAAUAAAUUCACACUCACAUUCUACCAUAGUGAUCUUGAAAUCCAAUAUCAAGCAACCAGGAUUUUUAUGCGGAAACGAGUCUUUUAUGCAAUACUGUUUAGUUAUCUUAUUAUGAAUACGGUGUCGUAUAUUCAAAAUAUCAUCGAAACCAACAAUCAAUUUGUAAUGUAAUUAGAGCUUCUUUUGAGUUGUCUCCUUGUCACACUAUUUGUAAUCUAUUGUUACAAGAACACCCACUUUAAUUAUUACUUUUGUAUUUUAAACAUAGUUGGAUGCAUGAUGCAAUUUUAGUUAUUAAAAAAUUAGAAGGAGCAAAAAAUAUUCAUUUUCGGUGCGAAUCUAAUGGCUAGUCAAAUGAUACUCUUACAAAGAUCGGAUUUCGUCCUAUCUGUUACUCAAAUAUUCAUCAUAGCCAUUACCAGAAUAACACUCUUGAUUUACUUGGAGGAAAUCGACUAUCUAACCAUUUUUACCACAAUUUCAAUGUCUAUUUUUUUGGCCCUUGUUCAAUUUAGGAGUGAUUAAAAUAGAAGACAAUAGUUUUUGUUAACCCUCAAAAACAAUCAUUGGGAUGACUAUUUACCCAGCAUGAUUAGAAAACCGUUUUUUCAUUUUGAAUACGACCACACUCAAAUUCUCCUCAAAAAGAUUCACAGAAAAGAAGAAAUACCGAUAUAUAAGUAGGAAUUAUGUGACGGAUGCAACCUAAGGAAUCUAUUAAGAGAGUACUCCUAUCAAAAUUAGACUCUUGAGUCUUACAUAUUGAGGAGAGCCAAAAGCAGAGUGCCUUUGAUUCAGGGAUUCGAAAUGAGUUGUCAGAACAAGAAAAAGGGCGUCUUAUUUAUCGAAUAUACAGAGAUCUUUAGCGAUGCUCAUAUUUACAUUAUAAGCAUAAUCUCGCAGUCCAAAAUUAAUAAUGAACUUAUAUUAAAGCAAAAGUAGGCGUUUCAAUUAUAUCUUUUCAAUUACAUGAAAAAUCUAAAGAAAAUCUUCAAUUGCAAAAAUUCAUUCACAAAAAUCGUAAAUCUUAACAUCAAUUACCUAUGUCUUCUUUAUUAGGAUGAUUAGACAAUCAAAAGAUUUUCUCCUAGAACUCUUCUUCUACAGAUUGUCAAAUUGAUUGAUCAAAAAAGUAGACACUGCAACAUCUAAAUAGUCAGCUGCGUAGACUUAGAGAUAAAUGGAUACAAGAGCAAGUUUAUAAGUUUUUGGUUAUAAAUUAUAAAUAUGGCUGCGUAGAUAAGUGGGAGAGAGUAAAUUCAAAUAGUAAUUGUAAGAACUGAAAGUCAUGUUGAAUUUUUGAUAAGUUUGAGUCAAAUACCUAAGUAAUCCAUAAGAUUCUGGGUUUGUUAGAAUAGAUUCCUGAAAAAUUUGUAAAGGGACUUAUUUUUUGAUGUGGAUGUAAAUAAUUUAAGAUUAAAGAUGUUUCAGGAUUUAGAUAUCUCUUAUUUAAAGUUUUGA